UGGAUGAGAACUGGUUGCUAAACUAUGGAUGAUGAUCUGCUGCUGGCUAUCCGUUUACAGGAGCAGUACAAUCAGGAAGCGGAGGGACAGACAUGGCGCUCUCCUCAGGAGGUGGUCGAAGUCGGGGCUGUAAAUCGCCCCAAAGAUCUCUCCAUAGUGGACCCUUCGUGGGAGCUGCUGGACCCCAGCCCGGAUGUCCAUGCCCUGUUCCUGCAGUUCAAUCAGAUGUUCUUCUGGGGGAAGCUAGUCGGGGUGGAAGUCAAGUGGAGCCCCAAAAUGACUCUUUGUGCAGGGGUUUGUUCCUAUGAAGGAAGAGGAGGCUUGUGUUCUAUACGUCUUAGUAAACCUCUGUUGACACUUAGGCCUAGAAAAGAUCUUAUACAGACAUUACUCCAUGAAAUGAUCCAUGCCCUUCUGUUUGUCACGCACAACAACAAGGAUCGGGAUUCCCAUGGUCCAGAAUUCCUCAAACAUAUGAAUCGAAUAAACGGUCUUACUGGUGCCAAUAUAUCUGUUUAUCACAGUUUUCACGAUGAAGUAGAAGAGUACAGAAAACACUGGUGGAGGUGUAAUGGGCCCUGCCAGUCAAGAAAGCCAUAUUUUGGAUAUGUUAAACGAGCAAUGAACCGAGCACCAUCUGCACAUGAUCCCUGGUGGGCUGACCAUCAAAGAACUUGUGGGGGAACUUUCACAAAGGUAAAAGAACCAGAGUCCAGUUCUCACAAAGACAAGAAAAAGGAGAAAGUUUCUGAAAGCCAAGCCAAGACCGUGACUAAAGUAAAAAGCGAGGCAGUUGAUAUUCGUACGUUUCUGCCAUUUAGUGGUACAGGUCAUAAGCUUGGUGAAUCCAGUCAAUCUAUUCAGCGCCAGAAAGUCCAGAAUGUUGUUCCUUCUUCACUUGAACUUCCCAAACCUGUGCCAAAAAAUCCCGUUUAUGGAAUCCUAAACUUUACUACAUCAUCAUCAAAUGGAACCGAAAACAAAGCUUCCAGUUCCAAAGUGCCUAAAAUAUCUGUUGCAAACACCAAAAUGUUCAUCAAUGUUGGUGGGUCUCCAGUAAAACUUUUUAAUAGCAGGAACGUGGCAUCAUCAAUGACUAAAAGUGGAAAUUCUAAUAAUAUGGUACAAAAGAAGAUUUCAUCUGAAAUGUUAACUUCUACUAAUGUGGUACAAAAGAGGACUUCAUCCGAAAUGUUAACUUCUAAUGUGGUACAAAAGAGGAUUUCAUCCGAAAUGGCAAUCUCAUCACAGAGUACACCAUCUACCUCACAGGAAACAAACAGUGAAGGAAACUAUGGUCGGGCUCCUAAAAGGCCCAGAAUGGAUGGCAGUCAAGGCAUUAAGCACUUUUUCCACAACGUACCGGGAGUAAGCACUACUGGCAAUAAACCAGCAAUAACUAUCCCUCGUGACCAGCAGAGACCUACGAACGCUACCAUCUCCAGUAGCCAGAAUAAGAAGGUUAACUGCCCUGUAUGUAAAGCUGAGGUUCCUGAAGCUAAGAUAAAUGACCACUUAGACACUUGUUUAUCAUAAAAAUACUUUUUUAACUGUUUAUGC